GAGCGAGGGAGGGAGGCCCCGGGCGGCUGGAGCUGCGAGCCGCGGCGGGACAGAGCGCACGCAGGGACGCGCCGGUGGCCGGGUCGGCGGGGCUGACGGUCGCGAGCGCGGGGGCCGGAGCCGGCUGCGUGCGUCCACCCGAGGGCACCGCGGGCCGGCGCGGGGAGGGACCCGCCACCCGCGGCGCCCCACGCGGGGACAGCGAUGCGGUGCGCCCCGACAGCCCGGUAGCCUCGGACCGCGGCCGGGCGGUGGUGGUGAUGGAUGAGCCAUGGUGGGAAGGGCGCAUCGCCUCGGACGUCCACUGCACUCUGCGCGAGAAGGAACUGAAGCUGCCUGCCUUCCAUGCCCACUCGCCCCUCCUGAAGAGCCGUCGGUUCUUUGUAGACAUUCUGACCCUGCUGAGCAGACACUGCGAGCUAUGCCCUGCGGCCCGGCACCUGGCUGUCUACCUGCUGGACCACUUCAUGGAUCAGUACAACAUCACCACUUCCAAGCAGCUGUAUACUGUGGCCAUUUCCUGUCUCCUGCUGGCAAGUAAAUUUGAAGAUAGGGAAGACCGUGUGCCCAAAUUGGAGCAGAUAAACAGUACAAGGAUCCUGAGCAGUCAGAACUUCUCUCUCACCAAGGAGGAGCUGCUGAACACAGAGCUGCUGCUGCUGGAGGCCUUCAGCUGGGACCUCUGCCUGCCCACACCAGUCCACUUUUUGGACUACUACCUCUUGGCCUCUGUCAGCCAGAAGGACAACCACUGCCACACCUGGCCCAUCACCUGCCUCCGGAAGACCAAAGAGUGCCUCAAGGAGUAUGCCCACUACUUCCUGGAAGUUACCCUGCAAGAUCAUAUAUUCUACAAAUUCCAGCCUUCUGUGGUCGCUGCAGCCUGUGUGGGGGCCUCCAGGAUAUGCCUUCAGCUCUUUCCCUACUGGACCAGAGACCUGCAGAGGGUCUCUAGCUAUUCCCUGGAGCAUCUGAGCACAUGUAUCGAAAUCCUGCUGGUAGCAUAUGACAAUGUCCUCAAAGAUGCUGUAGCAGUCAAGAGCCAGGCAUUGGCCAUGGUGCCUGGCACAUCCCCAACUCCCACUCAAGUGCUGUUCCAGCCACCUGCCUACCCUCCCCUCAGCCAGCCACCUCCAACAACACUAGCCCAGUUCCAGAGUCCCGUGCAAGACUUGUGUUUGGCCUAUCGGGAUUCGCUGCAGGCUCAUCACUCAGGGACCCUGUUCUCAGGGGACACUGGCCCAUCCCUCCACACCCCAUACUCCACCCUGCAGCCUUUGGAUAUGUGUCCUGUUCCAGUCCCUGGGUCCCUUAGCAUGCAGAUGGCCAUUGCAGCUGAACCCAGGCACUGCCUUGCUGCCACCUACAGACACAGCUACAUCCGUGGGAGCACCAUGUUCCCUGCUGGUUGUUUUGACAGCUAGGCCAGCUUUGGACCAUAUGGAGAGGCCUGAGAGACCCAGGUAGAUGAAGCAAACACCUAAGAGGACUAUUCAGCCAGGUAAGGUGAAGAGCCUGGUGUCCCUAAAUGGAGAAGUUUCAUGCUCUUUCUAAAUAAAACCGUCCCAGAGCAAAACAUCAGGGACAUGCCUCAGCCGAGAACUUUCCUCUCUGAGAAACCUCUUCCAUGUGUGCUGCAGGCUCAGAGAUGGCUCCCUGGCCCUUCCCUCAAGCUGAGGUCAAGUAAAACACAACAGACUCGUUAAGAGGCCAGGAGACUGGCGACUACAUGCAGACCUAGGACAUUCAGGUUUAUCCUCAAAAGCUACUGUUUGCAGCCACACAACUGAAAAUGAAAGUGCAUCCUGGUGUGUCAUCAUUCGUGUCCCUGGAAGACCCAUCCUGGUGCCUUUCUCUCCCUGGCUCCACACAGAGGGGCCAUGUCUUUGUUUAUGCCUGAGCACUGACCCCAUGAGGCACGGUGGUUGUCUCUCCUUUGUUUCUGAACGUAAAACCUUUAUCAUCCUUUUAGAUAUGUCACAUGCUGCUGCUUUCCAAAGUGAUCUAGCUUUCUGUUCCACAAAACAUCUUGUUUACAUACUGUGUCAGGGAUUUUGUGAUACUUGAAAAUUCCUUAGGAGAAAAAAGUUUGAAUACCACACUGUCUGUUCUAUGUGAGACUAUACCUUUUAUUAACCCAGCUUGUGAUCAACCAGAGGAAAACAACAGAGUUCCUUUUCAGAAGCCUGUGGUUAGGAAGAACACCUUGAAGGCUCUCAGCUCCUUGUGUUCACCUGUUGAACUUUGAUCACUGCCUCCUAUACCCCCUGGGGAAUGUUGUUGAAAUGAAGACAGAGGUUGGAAACAAAACAGCCUCCACUUCCCUCCACCAUACAGUGCUUGGGUUAAACCAACCCAGGUUUCAGUUUGGCCACUAGCGAAACUGUGGAAUAUUUGCUUAAUGCUCCUUUGCUUGGAGAGUGGAGAUGUCCAUGGUCUACAACACCAGCAUGAACAGACAAGGGAUUGCUGGAACGAAAGCCAGUGUCUGGGAUCUACAGUGCAAGGACUCAGGAAGACUGUUACCAUGUGCAAUAUGUUUUUACUCUGACUCUCAGCUUAUGCUUAGCAUGUUCUUCCAGUUGGUUUGUUUUCAGGGGACACACUGUUCACACAUCAGACCUGGAAGGUGCAAAAUACACAGAAGGGAAUUUCUGGUUUGUCUUAGAAAAGAAUGCAUCUUGAUUUUCUUUAUUUCUUCCUUUUUUUCCUUUUCUUUUGGUUUAUAUAGGGGGUUUUGGUUUUCUUUUGUUUUCUUGAGACAGGGUCUCAUGUAGUUGAGGCUGGCC